CAAGACUCCGUCUCAAAAAACAAAAACAAAAGUUUAUGUACCAAGCAAUGACCAAGUACAACACAGAUUACCUAAUUUGAUUGUCCUAACAACUCGGCAAAGGUAGUAUGAAUAUCCCUAUUUUACAGCCUAGGAAACUGAGACUUCAAAAGAUUAAGUGAAAUGUUCAAAUGCACACAGUAAGAUGUUGUGUCAGGACUGAAACCUUGUUAUGACUUGUUCAGUCUUUAUUCUUUCUACCAGGUUACCAUGAGGAUGCACACAGGCAUGUAUUCACCCAAGAAACAGAAGUAAUCUCUUCUAAAACUAGAGUCAAAUUUUAAAGUGGCAGCAAUGCUAAAAAACAGCAGAGGCUAUAUUUAGAAUCUAGUGGCAAUUUUCAAUUUGCUUAAAAUAUGCAGUUUUGGGGAAACAUGCUUUUCCGUCAAAAAGGCAAAUUUCUAUAUAUUUAAAUAAAGCCAUUUAAAUUUAUUGUGACAUCCAGCAAGUCUUAUAAAACUACACAAAUUAGAAUAUACUGCUAUGCUACCCAAUAUGAAGUGUAAAAAAGAUGAAUUUAUAACAAAGGUUUUAACUUCAAUAGGCACAGUUGUUUUAUUACACAGUUCAAAGAUACCUAAUACAGAUAAGAAGGGAAUUUUCAGAUGUCUUAGUGUUUUUUCCUUGCAACAUUAAACCAUUUACCUACAUAAACACCAUAUAAAUAUUUAAUACAAAGAAGGAGCAUAUCAAGCUCUAUAAAAAUAGCUGAGAAAUAAAAUGUUCAUGACGGAAAAGAAAUGAUUCCCCCUUUUCCCUUUUAGUGAUACGUUAUAGGCAUCAUAGUAACGACAGGUUACUUCACUCUGUGAAUUAUGAUAAAGAAUCAGAAUUAAACCGCUAAACAAAGUGGUUCCUUUCUUAUAACCAAAUGUAACUGAAUUAAAUUAUUGAUGGACUGUGUUCUCUGCAGUGCAGGAAGACGGCUCUACCAAGGGAGAGCUAUAUAAACUUCAUUGUCAGGCUUCAGGUUAUCUGUUUACUUCUGAACUUUAAUGUGAUUUACCAUUAAGAAACUGAAUUUGUUUUGCCACACUAUCCCCCCUUUGAAUGAACUAUACACUGGAAAUAUGCUAAUAGAAAAAGUAGGUAAAACAAAUUGCAUUUUUCCCCAAUUCUACAACAUAAAAUUUUUUUAAAGCACAUCAUUUUAAAUGUUAGAAGAUGAUUUGAAUAUCCUAACAAAUCUCUCACAUACUUAUUUAUAGGAAUUUAACUUAAAAAUUAAAAUAUCAGCCUGGUGCAGUGGCUCAUGCCUAUAAUCCCAGCGCCUUAGGAGACCGAGGUGGGAGGAUCACAAGGUCAGGAGAUUGAGAGAAUCCUGGCUAACAUGGUGAAACCCCAUCUCUAUUAAAAACACAAAAAAUUUGUAGCCAAUUAAGCCCACUGGGUUCCUUUCCUCAUGGGGGACCAGUGUGCAAUGGCUGCAAACAGCAGCUUCCUUGGCAGUGUAUGCAGCCUGUUUCUUGCAUGGGUUGCUCUAGGGGACCUUGGAGACAGGCCUUCCAGAUAUAUGUUCAUGUGUCUCACCUUGCACUUCCCCAAUAGGCUCCAAACAGGGAUGCGACGUGCCUUUGGAAAGCCCCAGGGCACUGUGGCCAGGGUUCACAUUGGGCAAGUGAUCAUGUCCAUCCGCACUAAGCUGCAGAACAAGGAGCAUGUGACUGAGGCCCUGCGCAGGGCCAAGUUCAAGUUCGCUGGCCGCCAGAAGAUCCACAUCUCAAAGAAGUGGGGCUUCACCGAGUUCAAUGCCGAUGAAUUUGAAGAUAUGGUGGCUGAGAAGCGGCUCAUCCCAGAUGGCUGUGGGGUUAAGUACAUCCCCAAUCGUGGCUCUCUGGACAAGUGGCGGGCCCUGUACUCAUGAGGGCUUCCACUGUGCUGUCCCCUUGUAAUAUGAACCAAUAAAUUUACUUCCUGUCCGAAAAAAAAAAAAACACACACAAACAC